AUGUUCCAGCAAGUGCCCAACAAACCGCCGUACAACAACGACCCGCAAGGCGAGGGCCAUCCGCAAGUGCGUGACCACGUGCACAUGCUACAAGUGAUGAACCAUAUCCUCACCACGGCGCCGUCAUGGAACGACAAGUCGGAGCGAGUGGGAUUGGUCGGUCUGCCGUUCAACGCGCUGUUUGACUGGCCGAUGGGCACGCCUAGUGGGUUUGCCGUCUUCCUCGACCCGGACGUCAACAAGAUGCUGAAAAAGGUGCUCAAUGCAUGGGCCGAGUUUCUGACCUCGCCCGAGUCGGCCAGCGUGCUGGAAAGAAACGCCCCAGGCAGUUGGUUCAGCGACCACGGCCACGAGGAGCUCAGCUUCACCGCCAGCCUGGGCAAGUCGGGCCAAAAGUUCGAGGACAUGUUUAUCUGUGAUCCGUCGGACAAGCGAUACGGAUUCAAGUCAUGGGACGAUUUCUUCACCCGUCGGUUCCGGGAGAAUGUGCGGCCCGUGGCCAGUCCGGACGACGACUCGGUGAUUGCCAAUGCGUGCGAGUCCAAGACGUUCCGCGUCGCUCGUGAUGUCAAAUACCGCGAUCAUUUCUGGCUCAAAAAUCAAGCUUACUCGGUGCGCGACAUGCUGGCCCAGGACCCGCUUGCCGAGCAUUUUGUGGGCGGAACCGUCUAUCAGGCCUUUUUGAGUGCCUUGAGCUACCAUCGCUGGCACGCCCCCGUUUCCGGCAAGCUGGUCAAGGCUUAUGUCGUCGACGGCACCUACUACUCGGAACCCUUGUUCGAAGACUUCAAUCCCCAGCAUCCAGCAGACCCAGAAGGGCCAGUCACCAGUCAGGGAUACUUGACCGCCACGGCAACCCGUGCCAUCAUGUUCUUCGAGGCGGAUAAUCCGGCGAUCGGCCUAAUGGCGUUUUUGGGUAUUGGCAUGUGCGAGGUGUCGACCUGCGAAAUGACGGUUAAAGAAGGUCAACAUAUGAACAAGGGUGAUGAGAUUGGCAUGUUCCAUUUCGGCGGAUCGACCCACUGUCUCUUGUUCAGAAAGGGUGUUGAACUGGAAGGGUUUCCAGAGCCAAAUCCGGAACAUAACAUCCCUGUGAGAAGUGCACUGGCCAAGGUCAAGAGUUCCAAAUAG